CCCAACAUUGCACAGUAAGUACACGUCUCAAUGACAGUUUCUGUACUGAAACAAGAGCAAAUGCCGUCCAUUAUAGGAGCCAUUCAAUUUCAAUGCUUAUAAUUAAAUUAAAUAAAUAAAAUGAAGACUAACUGUAAAGAUGACUAUAUGGUUAUAUAUUAAGUAUUAGUUUUAAGGUAAACUUAUCCUUACCAAUACAAUACAGAUGGGACAAGUAUUUGUCCCAUCCACUAUUAGAGUGAAUAAAUACAGCCAGAAGGCACCAUUAUAUUGUGUUAUAAUUGUUAGUAUAUUAUACAAUCCACCAGACUUCCUUGAGAACAAAUCCCACCGCCAAACAAAAAACUGUCAGGAAUUGUAUCUGGGGGCCUAGAGGUCCUUAGUUCAUGUGAUGCCCCCAGAGGGAGACCCUUUUUGACUUCAUUGGUAUUGAGUCGAGUUAACUUACAUAUACAACAGCCUUCCAGAUACAACUUGCAAAUAAAUAUCCACAUACAGAUAAAGCCACCAUCAGAAAACUGAGAUUCAUUUAGGAUCUCUUGGGAUAUCAUAAAAGUAUAUGUCAAUGGGCCACAAACAUGAAAAAAAAAAAACAUAUGUCUACUUAGAGCUGGUUCCACUGCAUUUGCCUCAACAAGUUAAGCCAACUCCAUCCAUAGACUAAUGACUUAUGGGAAAUAUAGUUGUUCCAUUGGUAAUUUUCUAUUACAAGUGUUGGAUACAGACUACAAAUCCCACAAUUCCCAUAAGUAGGGAGCUCAGAGUAUAUAAGGAGGAGCCUGGGUUCCCGUAAGCAGUUCUCUUGGAUUCCAACAAGGAUACAGCCAUUUCUUCCUACUUCUCCUACAGGAUCCUCACUCACUGAUAUACCAGGAACAUGGAGAUACGAGUCCUUUGGCUUUUGCUCUUUGCUGGAUCCAUGGCACAAGAAGACAUGGAUAGAAAUGUCUUCCUCUUCCCCAAAAGGUCUGUCAAUGAUUAUGUGGUUCUGACCCCAAUGAUGACUGGGCCUUUAAAUAAACUCACCGUUUGCUUGAGGAGCUACACAGAAGAUGGAAAAAACGCCCUAAUGAGUGUGGGCACCACAGAGUCACAGAUUCGCGAUAAGCUUGUUAUUUACCAGGAUUCAAUAGGAUAUAAUCCACAAUACUUUGUCAAUAUUGCUAUAAAUAGUUUUUCGUCAGCGUCUAUUCGAACAAACACAGAUAUUCUGAAGUGGAUACACAGGUGUGUGACCUGGGACUCUGGAGUUCUACAGCUUUGGGUUAAUGGAAAAGUCUCCCCUCGCAGAGUACUGCAGGGCGGCAGUAUUGAUCUCCAGGAUGGUAUUUCCCUGGGUCAGAUAUUAAAGAAUCCUGGGUUUGGGUGGAAUCAAAUGCAGGGUAAUUAUAGGAAUCAGUGGAAUUUUGAAUUUUCCUUCCAAGGGGAAAUAACUGAUGUUCAUAUGUGGAAUGAGGCUUUGUCUCCUGAGACCAUAAGGCAGGUUCUGCUAAAUAAUAGGGAUAUCAAUGGCAAUGUCAUUAACUGGAGGUCUCUGAACUACACUAUUAAAGGAGAUGUCAUUGUCCAACCCAAACUCCAGUGUAGAUAUGGCAGUGAUCCUGACAGCUCACACUAUCAGUGCUCUAUGGAUUAAUGGGUCUGAUAAAGCAGAUAGAACAACGGCUUUUGAUUGUUUUAAGGGAAAUAGAAUAAUAAAAUGAUUUAUUGCUUUUGAGAAGAGUGGCUUAUCUAGUCAGAGACAAGACUGAAAUUAGAGAAGAAAAGGCCCCUGAUCCAUCUGAUGUGGGUGAUGACUGCCAACCAGCAGCCCUCUAGCAGCCUUUGCCAUACAAUCAUUUAUCUUCCGUAAUAUUAUGAUCUUCCCUUAGGGCAGAGACACACGUGGAGAUUCGGGGAGAUUCAGACGCCUGGCAACAAAUGGCCUCUUCUUCGGGCGACUAAUCUCCCCGCAAUGCCUUCCCGCCGGCUAGAAUCUAAAUCGCCAGUGGGAUGUCACUCAGAGCACUUAAUUUUCCAAAAUCGGCCAUAGUUGCGCUCCGAGUGCCAUCCUGCUGGCGAUUUCGAUUCUAGCCAGUGGGAAGGCAUUGCGGGGAGAUUAGUCGCCCGAAGAAGAGGCCAUUUGUCACUGGGCGACUAAUCUCCCAGAAUCUCAGCGCGUGUCUCUGCCCUAAAGGCCCCUGUGAUUGUGAGGUCCCCAUGACACAUUGCUUUCCUUUCCUAUCCUUAAACCAACCCAAUGUUGGUUUAAGGAUAGGAAAGGACCUCAGAAUUUGUAGUUUUGCAUUCAAAUGAGAGUUUCGCCUGCCCUGCGUACAGAUAAUGCUUUGGGUGGAAUCAAAGCCAGGACCCCAGCAUAAAGAGGGGGCAAAGACACUUCUUCUCACAUUGUGCCGUGUAUAUGCCAAGGGAAUAAAACAUAUUAUAUAUGCGGCAUGAGGCAUAUCGUACAAUGUAUAUAUAUACCUGCUGCUUUUAUCAUAAUGUGUAUUUCAUUAUUAAUUAUCCUUUGCACCAUGUAACACUAUAUUGUAUCAGCACAAUGACAUGAUAUAUGGUCAUAUUAAGGAAAUGUAACAAUAUACUCAUUUACCAAUAAAAUAGCAUUAAAUGAG